AUGCCGCCGCGUUCGUCUUCAUCAACAGAGCGCAAGGCCCGCUCCAGACGGGACUACCCCUACAUUCUAGACUAUCGGACGAGAUGGAAUGACAACGACAUGUACGACCACAUGAAUAACUCCAUCUACAACUUUCUCUUCGACUCGGCCGUCAACGCCUACCUGGUCGAGCACUGCGGCCUACACCCCCCCAGCUCCUCGCAGCAUCCGCUUGUGGCCCAUACAGCGACCGACUACUUCUCGGCAGUCGCAUACCCAGCCGUCGCCGAGGUGGGCGUCCGCGUCACGAAGCUGGGCCGCUCCAGCGUCACGUACGAGGUCGCCGUCUUCGAGCAGGGCAUCGACCGGGUCAAAGCCGUCGGCGAUUUCGUCCACGUUUUUGUCGACCGGGCCACGGGCCGACCACCCAGGGACGGCAUGGCUGUGGAGCUGCGCCGAGGCUUGGAGAAACUAUGCAUUACUGGCGAGCAGAGCAAGCUGUGA